AUGUCGACGUGUACGAAACACAUCCACAACCACCAAAGACAUCUUAAAUGGUCCAACAAGCAGCCGCCUGCCUUGACCAUUUCGUCCGGUGACGUUGUCACUUUUGAUGCCAUCGAUAGCAGUAACGGACAGCUCUCUAUUGACUCGGAUACCUCCGCCCUCAACUCAUUUAACCUGGAGCUCGCUGACCCGGCAGUUGGUCCUGUCUAUGUCCGCGAUGCCGAACCCGGGGAUGCGCUGAAAAUUGAAGUCUUAGCCCUAGAAACAUCAAACUGGGGGUGGACAGCCCUAUUCCCAGGCUUUGGUCUUCUAGCAGAUGAUUUCUCAGAGCCUCACUUGAAGAUUUGGAAAUUCAAUCAGGGUGCAGGCUAUGCUGAGUUGAGACCAGGUGUGCGUGUCCCCUUGCGGCCGUUUCUCGGGAUUAUGGGUCUUGCACCGGGUGCUGAUGGGGAGUUUCCCACCAUCCCACCUACUGUGGUUGGGGGUAAUAUUGACUGUCGGGAUUUGGUCGUUGGCUCGACCCUUUAUCUCCCCGUGCAAACCCCAGGUGCUCUGUUCAGUUGCGGUGAUGGCCAUGCAGCCGAGGGCCACGGCGAGGUUUGCGGAACAGCUAUUGAGACGAACAUGAAAGCAACCAUUCGAUUCACAGUUUGCAAAAACCACCCCUGGGUCCAGUCGCCGCAUUUGCUUCUGUCUCCUCAACCGCCAGCAUCGAUUGUGUUUCCUGACAAGGGACAAUACGUUACUAUGGGCGUGGACUCGGAUAUAUUGGAAGCUACUCGUAAAGCCACCCGUGCUAUGAUUGAGUGGCUAGUGGCUACCAAGGGGCUUACGCGCAACGAAGCCUACAUACUGAGUAGCGUAGCGGGAGACCUGAAAAUAUCAGAGGUUGUCAAUGUGCCCAACUUUGGUGUCACAAUGACGGUAACAAGUCCAGCCUCAAUCCUGCAGGUCCUGGCUCCUCCCGGCUCCGGGAAGACCAAGACCCUGACCGCACGCGUCGCGUAUUUGCUUUCAUCAUCAUCAGUAACAACAACAUCGGCAUCAAAGAAUGGAUUUCGCCCGCAAGAUGUCAUUUGCUGCACAUUCACGAUCAAAUCUAGCCGUGAAAUGCGCGAGCGCUUAUCGCAACUGAUUGGCGAUCAAGUCGUGUCGAAGCUGAUUCUGGGCACGUUCCAUUCGAUAUGUCGUCGGUAUCUAGUUGCGUACGGACAUUUGAUUGGGUUGAAGAAAGGGUUUGGAAUUGCAGAUAGUAAUGACAGCUUGGCAAUUAUAAAGCCCAACACCGCAAGGUCGAGAAUAUCAGGCCAAAAAGCGCAAGGAAUAAGCUGGCAAGAGCUCGAUGAUGCCCGCCAUCCCAAAAGCUUGGAGAAGCAGGAAUUCGUGCAGGUCUAUCGCGAAUAUGAGGCGGCAUUAGCAAGUUCGAACUUACUGGACUACGAUGAUCUUCUUCUGCGCUGUGUGGAUUUAUUACGAAAGCAUCCGCACUGCGUGUCGAAUGUACAGGCUGUCCUUGUGGACGAGUUCCAGGACACGAACCUCAUUCAGUACGAGCUGAUGAACUUGUUUGCUGCGCGGAACAGGCGUAUUACGAUAGUUGGCGACCCCGACCAGAGCAUUUAUGGAUUUCGGUCUGCCGAGAUCAAGAACCUUGAGCGCAUGCAGAACCUGUAUAAGAAUACUUCGGUAGUCUUGCUAGAAGAUAACUAUCGAUCUUCAGGUUCGAUUCUGGGUUCGGCCGAGCAAGUCAUUGAGCAGGAUACAGCUCGUCCUGUAAAGAAACUACUUCCGACACAUGGAGUCGGCACGAUGCCUGUUCUACGAAAACUACCUUCAGCCGCCGCAGAAGCACAAUGGAUGGUGGCGGAAAUCAAAAGAUGCAUUACACUAACGGGGGAGCUGCUCAAGCCCUCGGAUUUCGCCAUUCUUCUCCGUUCGGCUUCUCUUUCUCGACAGAUUGAGUCGGAAUUAGGCAAGCAGGGAGUUCCUUACCGUAUGGUUGGAGGCUCGCGGUUUUUUGACAGAGUUGAGAUCCGCCUCCUCUUAGACUAUCUCCGUGUCGUCAGCCACCCGGCUAAUAAUGAUGCUCUGGUUCGAAUUAUCAAUGUCCCCACGAGGAAGAUUGGUGAAGAAACACUCAAAAACUUAACUACGGGCGCUGAGAGUGCCAAGUUACCGUUGUGGACUUACAUCAAAGACGUGGCCCAGGGUCGUAGAUCUAGCCAGAAGAGUUUUUCUAAAGCAGCCAGCAUCGGCUUGUCAGUUCUUGUUGGACUUAUCGAGUCUGCGAGAAAGAAACUUGGCGAAUGUCUUGAUGAUUCUUCUCCAAGGGUUUUACUCGAGUUUAUUAUUGCGAAGCUUGGGUUCCGGGAAUACCUUACUGCAACUUACCCCCUAGAUGAAGAAAACAGGUGGGCUAAUGUGGAAGAACUCCUAGCUCAAGCUUGUGAUCCAUCAGCAUCCAACUCUCAGCAGGAUGAUUUUCUUCCCGAUAUUGAGGGCUUAGAGCAGAAUCAGGGGCAUAUAGGGGAAGAAGCACUGUCCCGAUUUCUUGCCAAUGUAGCUUUGUCGACAGAAAUCACGAGCGAGGAAGAAGAUCAGCCGCAAGAGAAGAUAACCAUUUCAACCAUCCAUGCUGCAAAGGGAUUGGAAUGGCCUGUUGUAUUUGUUGCCGCCGUUUACGAGGGCAUCAUACCGCAUUCACGGGCUGAGGACAGCGACGAGGAGAGAAGGUUGCUGUAUGUAGCUAUGACAAGGGCACAGGCACUUCUCUACCUAAGCCUUCCUCGUCGAGAUUCCAAGAACGGUGAAGAGACUAAGCCGAGCUCGUUUCUGCCUAGCCAGCUUGUUGAAACCAGAUUUCGUGCCAUUGGACCCAAAUUUCAUGAUAAAACUAUCUUCGGCAUCGCUGAUAUCCUUGGCCGUGACCAUCCAAACCAAGAGGCAAUAGUGAGGGGAUUACAGGCGGGAUUACCUAGUGUUAACGACGAUUUAUGGACGCAUGAUGGCGAGUACAACAGCGAGACGGCCACUAGAUGGGAUGGAUCGCAAACUGUGAUGUCGCUCGAUGGAAGAGGAACGACUCAGGAACAUUGGACCAAGCGCCGUCGACUAAACGAUAAAACUCAGACAGCAACUACCAUGGCAAGUCCAGCCUCUGGUUUCGUUACAUCAAGCUCUUCAUAUACCAUGAGCAAUGCAUCGGGAUUUUCAAUAUCAAAUAGCACUAUGUCAAUGGGAUUUUCAACAGCAAGGCAACAUAUGGAAACGGCGCCUGCUAUUUCGAAGGAGCUGACACCAGUUGCACAAAACAAACCAGUCGCGUCGUCUAAUCGAAAAGAUGGUGCAGCUCCUCCGGGUCAGGAGACACUGUCCCGAUAUUUCGGUAUCAACAGACAAAAGCCGCAAAACAUGCAACCGCCAUCUACUUCCAAAGCAGGCCCAGGAGAUGCAAAGAGAGGUUCAAAAACGAUUCACCGUGACCAGACUGUUGCCACGGAUGCAUCUAGCCGGACCAGUCAUAAUGUCAGCAAUGGAGGUUAUCGUAUCCAGCCCCAGCGAUACCAACCACCACGUCCGGUUCCGCUGGCAGUCGCAGACGCAAAUAACUAUACCUGGCUACCAUCAGACAAGACAACGACGACAGUAGCAACAGGCAAUACCAAAGGGGUGACUGAAACCAGUCAUCGUCCUGCUGCCACCUUCCAUAAAACGACAACAACAAUGACGACGACAAUGGCAUCAAAUACAACGACAAUGAGCCAGUUGAGCUCGAAUGGGAACGGUAAUACCGGGCGCAAAACACUGGGUAUUCGCCGAAGUCUGAAUAAUGGAUGGGCGGAAAGGAUGAAUAGAGCGAACCAGCAGAAUGGGAGGUGA